UACGAUGCCACCGUCUACGUAACAUCGACCGUUUAUAAGGUCAACACAGUGACCAUGUCUGGCACACCCACAGGCCCUGCCGUGAACUCCACCUCAACCAUCUAUGCGUCUGUCGGCACUCUCCAGCCCAACUACCCAUCUAGCAACGCCACGGUCGCUCCUACGGGAGCUGUUCCGUCCAUCACCACAACUGCCGCACCCUCCGUCUUCACGGGCGCAGCAUCGCAACUCAACAUCAAUGCUUUCGUCGCGAUACUCGCGGCUGGCGCUGGCUACUUGGCACUUUAA